CAGCCAAACCGUGCGCGUCGGAUGUGAUCAGAUCUUGACCCGAACAACGCGCUAAUCUAAUCUGCUGCCUCUUCUUCUUCCUCCUCGGCGCCGUCCCCUCCACAGCUGCCCCCGUCCCCGCGCCGCGCCGUCCACCCCCUCCUCCGGACCAGCAGCCGCCCUCCCUCCGCAGCCAGGGGGUUCCCGGCUUCGCCCUCGCCCUCCCCCCGAUUCCCCGCCGGCCGGCCCCGGCGCCCGGGCAAGAACGGCCGGCAGCGCCGCCAGCGCAGGGUUCAUUGCCGUCGCCCGAUUCCAGAUUCGCGUGAUCUGCGCGAAUCCGAAGUGAAGGUAUCCUCGAGUAAUCAAUAAGAUGGAUAAGAAGAAAGAUGCCGAUGACGUAGAACCUGGACCAGCUCCUUCUCGGCCUGUGGACAGAUUUGGCUUUAUAAAAACAGAACAAAGCAACUCCCCUGAGGGGGUUCUGAAAAGCAGACCCACACAUGAGCGUGGAAGAGAGGAAAGGAGGAUAAGAAAGUGGAGGAAGAUGAUAGGUACUGGUGGUAGUGACUGGAAGCAUUAUGUUAGAAGGAAUCCUCAUGUGGUUAAGAGAAGAAUAAGGAAAGGAAUUCCUGAUUGUCUCAGAGGACUUGUUUGGCAGUUGAUUUCAGGCAGCAGGGACCUCUUGCUAAUGAAUCCUGGGGUUUAUGAGACUUUGGUCAUAUACGAGACAUCAACAUCAGAAUUGGAAAUUAUUCGUGAUAUAUCGCGUACAUUUCCUUCUCAUAUUUUCUUCCAACAGAGACAUGGCCCAGGUCAAAGAUCUCUAUACAACGUUUUAAAAGCAUACUCUGUUUAUGACAGGGAUGUUGGAUAUGUGCAGGGAAUGGGAUUUAUAGCUGGGCUGCUGCUUCUUUAUAUGAGCGAGGAGGAUGCAUUUUGGUUAAUAGUAGCUUUGCUGAAAGGAGCCGUCCAUACUCCAAUGGAAGGCUUGUACCAGGCCGGUUUGCCGCUUGUGCAACAAUAUCUGUUUCAAUUUGAGAAAUUAGUUCAAGAGCACAUGCCAAAGUUGGGACAGCAUUUUAUUGAAGAAAUGAUAAAUCCAAGCAUGUAUGCAAGCCAAUGGUUUAUCACUGUUUUCUCGUAUUCCUUCCCAUUCCAUAUGACUCUUAGAGUUUGGGAUGUCUUCCUUUAUGAGGGUAUUAAGGUUGUUUUCCAAGUUGGAUUGGGUCUAUUGAGAUACUGCCAUGAUGACCUGGUCAAAUUGCCUUUUGAGGAACUUCUGCAUUCCUUGAGAUAUUUUCCAGAUGAGGCAACUGAUCCUGAUACAUUAUUUCCACUUGCCUUCUCAUUUAAGGUGAACAGUAGUCUCGAGGAGCUUGAGAAAGAGUACCGGAAAAGAUUGGAUGGACCCAAUGCAAGCUCAAGUAGCAGUAAGCGGCUUCUGCCCCUCAAAUCGAAAACGAUGAGCAGGGCUGUUAGCCAGGUCUUGUCUAUCUCAAAUGUUGGUAAAAAGUAACACGGUUCUCGUUUUGCAAAAACAAAUCGCCUUGUUGUUUAUGCGUUGUAUAGAGCGAUCAUCACUCGUCGCUUUGUUUUACGUUUUCUAAGUUAAGCCGUGCUUUCAUAACUGCAAAGGCUCAUGAUGUUGUAUUUUGCCCUUGUUGCCGGACAACUGUGAAUAUUUGUUAUAAGAUGGGACAAUAUUUCAACAAUGAAAUGGUGAGAAUGUUGUGACCCCCA